AUGCCGCACCAGGGAAAGGCUCAGUUUGAAGUACCAGAUGGAAAUCUUGUGCUUGAUGAAAACCAAGAUUCAAUAUCAAAAACACAAAUGCAAGUAAAGAAACAGAGAACAUCCAAAGGGGAAAGAAACAUUACUAAUGAUGAUGUACCAGAUAAAAACCUUAUGCUUAAGCAUCAAGACUCAAAGUCAGAAACAGAAAUGCAAGUAAAGAAACAAAAAACUUCCCAAGGUGAAGCAUUCAUUACUCAUGACAACAUAACAGAUGAAAACCCUGUGCUUGAGCCUCAAGAGUCAAUGUCAAAAACCCAACUUCAAGUAAACAAACAAAAAAUUGCUAAAGAGGAAAGAGUCACUACUCAUGAUAAAGUACCUGGAAAUCAUGAUCCUAAAGACUCAAUGUCAAAAACUCAACUGCAAGUAAAAAAACAAAGAGCUUCCAAAGGGGAAAGAUUCUAUGAUAUUCAGAGAAUUUUGACAGCCUUUUGGAAGUACAGUAGUGGCAUAUGA